UUCACAUCCAUCAUGGCGGCGUGUGGAGAUGAUGAAAAGUUCCCCCUCGACAGCGAACUAGUCCAUCCCUGUUUCUUCCAAGACGAGAGCUUUCAACCUGGGUUUCUUGAAACUGUGAAGGAUCUACAGAAGAAUGGGGUACUGCAGGAUGUCGUCCUUGAAGUCGAGGGCCGUCAGUUUCCCUGCCAUCGGCUUGUUUUAUCCGUGGCGAGCCCCUACUUCAGAGCCAUGUUUACAAGCGGCAUGGCGGAAAGUCGGCAGAAGACGGUUAUUCUACAGGGCUUAAAUGCAGCCGUUUUUAAGGAGAUCCUGAGUUACAUCUACUCGGGAUGCCUCCAGGUGUCACUGGACAGAGUGCAGCACCUGUACCAAGCAGCCGACCUCCUACAGCUGGACUAUGUGAGAGACACCUGCAGCAGCUACAUGGACAUGGAAGUGGGGUGCUCCACUUGUGUGGACCUGUACAAGUUUGGAGAUCUCUUCUCACUAGAUACUGUCCGGGAAAGUUGUUUGCAGUGUAUCUAUAAGCACUUUACUAAGGUUUCCUCCAGUGAGGAGUUCUGCAGCCUGAGUGUGGAUCAGCUGACUGAGAUCAUCAGCCAUGAUGAGCUGGAUGUUAAAGAGGAGACAACAGUGUGGGAGGCUGUGGUGAGAUGGGUGCAGCACAGCAGGGAGGACAGAACGCACCACAUACCCAGCAUCCUCCCUCACAUCCGCUUUGACCUGCUGACACCACGUGACAUGGUGGCCAUCUUAGACCAUCCCCUAGUCAGAGAGGAUCCUGGGAGAUCGACCAUCAGGAACGUGGUAAAUGAGAGCUCCAACCUGAAGAGAAGACAUGGGAUGGACACACUGGAAAUGGCCAUCAUUCCUGUCUAUGGGUCUGGACAAAUGACAGAUCAGAUGGUCUUCAUGAAUCCUCGAGCAGGGGAGUACAUCACCUGGAGUCAUAGGCCUGAAAAUUAUGAAGAAAACCCUGUGCCGAUCAUUGCCAUGACUGUUACCAGUGACAACGACAUUUACAUCCUGCAGGAAGUAACUGAAAACAUCGAUGAAAAUCAGCUAAAUAUGUUGAAGUACAACCAUGCAAGGAAUAGGUGGGAAGAUGCUGUUAUUUUCCCAAUAUUCCUGCCCAAACCAGUCAACCAUGUGCACUAUAGCCUUUUCCUGGUUGAAGUUGAUCGAAUCUUAUACUUCCUUGCUGUGGAUAGUUACAAUACAGGAGCAAGUGCAUUGGUGCACAUCGAAAAGUACAACCAGCACGUGGACCGCUGGCAUGAUUGUUCACAACUUUUGAUUGACAAAGUAACUAGGCCAAUAGGGGACAUCUUGGUAGUGUCGUCUGGUCCGUACAUCUAUUUCCUCACGAAUGCAGAAAUGCACAGUUACGACCCAAGCCAGGACCGUUGGUCCAAGCUGACCCCACCAAAACUCAUGCCAGGAAUCUGCACAGCCACCUCAUUGGGGACCGAGAUAUUCUGCACCGACAAACAAUUCAGCAAGGUUAUGGCGUAUGACACAGAGUCUGCCCACUGGCGGGUACUGCCAGGCUGGCCCAACCGGGGACCAGACAGGGCGGCUAACAAGUACCCCUGUCUGUUUGUACUGGAGAGCCAACUGCAUGUAUGGCUGGAAACGUGUGUAAUGUCCACGGACACGGUAGAUGGCAGUCUUGUGUUUGUGUAUGACGGGUCUGAAGGAGCUUGGAGAGACUUGAAUGCCACCUUGCCAAUCAAGGAUUAUGACACCAGGGUCCAUGUGGCACGCUUUCACCUACCACGUCUUACUGCUCGAGGUUUACACGAGGACACAUAGAGUUCAGUAUGUCCGUGGGGAGGGACUGUUUAGACCACCUUUCUACUAGACUGCUAUGACUGAGCAACCAAGAUUUUCUAUGACCCUUGACUUUAUGAUCAGAAUCUGAUGCACGAUGCAAAAAGUAUGAUUCAACGACAACGAAACACAAAAUGUGAACAAUUUUGUUCUUUUCUUGAAAGUUCAUUCAACCAAGACGGGAGACGGCACAGACUUUCUUGACUUUAUGAUCAGAAUCUGAUGCACGAUGCAAAAAGUAUGAUUCAACGACAACAAAACACAGAAUGUGAACAAUUUUGUUCUUUUCUUGAAAGUUCCCUCAACAAAGA